AUGAGCACGCCGGACGUCAGUUCCGGCGGCGACAAAUCGUCCACCAUCGGUGGUGGUGGUGGUGGGGUGAGUGUGUCCUCCGCGGUCAAACCGGUAACGUCGUCGGGCGGCGGCAGUGGCGCUGGUAGUGGUCAGCUGAGUGCGACCGCUGUAGUUGGUGGUGGUGGUGGUGGCGGUAGUGGUGGAGGCCUAAGCGGGGCCACCGUAACCACCACGACGAUCCCGAUCGAUCUGGCCUCCGCGUCGAAAGUGCUGGUGCGGCCUGAGAAAUCAACGAUGCCUACGACCACGUACAGAUUCGGUUCCGCACCGGGCAGCCAGAUGCGUGUGGUCAUUCCGAGUAGUGCGGCCCCGCCAUCAUUCUACCGGCAGCCAGCAAAUCUCAAGCAAGAUGCGACGACGAAUCGCACGCAAAUUAGCACCCUUUCGGCGGCCCGGACCGUAACACAGAUGGGCUCUCUGACGGUGUCCCGUGCGCCCCAAACCACACCGACGACGGUGUCGUACCACGUGUCGAAAGGCGUAUCCGCGACACCGGUCGUGGCCGCAAACCUGCAAGCAACAACGCGCGCCACCAUCAACGGACCGAUUCGGAUUUCGACGCCACCGAUCCAGGUGGCCACGAAUAACAACACGACGACGUACGUCCAGCGGCAACCUCCCACGGUGGUGCCAUCACGUAGCGUCAAUUCCUCCGGUUCACCCACGGCCGCCACAAUAAUCUCGCAGAGCAGCACCGGUGGUGCCACGACGACGCUUGUUCCGAACUUCCAGAUGUCCACCCAACUGAUACGGGCCAACAGCAUCGGAACGGUGGCCGGUGCCGUGACGGCGGGUACACCCCGAGCGAGGGUUGUCACGCAGACGACACUUCCGGCGAAUCAUCACCAGGUGACGGGUCAAGCAGGUGGCGUGGUUAAUGCCGUAGCUGGUGGAGCUACCGUGGUCAAUAGUGUGAUGACGCCGGGAGGUGUCGCAGCAGCCGCAGCUGGUGGAUCUCCACAAGCCGUGGCCAUCAGUUCCACGGCGACGGGUGCAGGUGGUGUGGUGGCAGCGGCUUCAAGCGGUGGUGGCUCCGCGAGCGCUCAAUCGCAAGCCUUCGUUGCGACGCUGUCCGCCGUAUUGCAAGCACCGCGUCAGGUCUCGACGUUGCUAUACACGAAUAACAGCAACGCACAGCAGUACACGAUCGGGCCAAAUCAGCAGCGAUUAGCGUUGGCCACCACGUUAUCCCCACAACGACCCCAGGCCACGGUAACGACUGGUAUUAGGCCUACAAUCCAGCGACUACCGACGGCGGGCAUCCGUGUGAGCACCGGUAGUCUAAACUUCCGGCCACCGGUGCUCGCAUCCACCACCGUUCUAACGACAAUCGCCUCGAACACGGGUGCGGUCGGUACGGUCACCAACACACAGCAACAAUCGCAACAGGUUCAGCAACAACAGCAGCAGCAGCAACAGCAGGUUCAGCAGCAGCAACAGCGUACGGUGACAGCUACCGGAGCACCGGGUGGGGCAACGGCCAUCUCGAACGCCAUCCCGGCAAGAAUAAUUCAGGUGCAAAAUCCGCAAAGUGGUGCCGCCGGUUCGGCGCAGUUCGUGAACGGGCGCAUCCAAACGAACCUGCUCAACAUCCAGCCGUUGAUCGUGAGCAACAACCGGUUACCCCAGAGUGCCCUUCAGCCCGGUAUAACGAUCGCGCAGGUUGGCAAGCUGACGCAGGUUGCGACGGCGGGAGGCCCUGGGAGUACGUCCGCCGGUGAGGUGGUCGUAGGGACGGGUUCAAACGCUGGUAGUGGUUCCGCGACGACGACCACACUACAAACGGCAUCCGGGCAGCAGAUAGUGGUCAGCACGGGUACACCCGGUGCGGGCGGAAGUUCUCCGGCCACCGCCGCCAUCAUUGCCGGAAAUCUGAUAGCCACGAAUCACGCCGGAUCAGCGACGGGUAGCGUUGCGACCGUCUCCCAAGCAACCCACCAGGGUCAGAUCACGCAGAUCGUGAACGUGAACGCCGGUCCACCGACGGUGGUGUCCGUGGCCGGUAGUAGUGGCCAACCGCAGCAGCAGCAGCAGCAGAUAGUCACCGUAAGCCAGGCGAGUGGAGGACCUACGACGGGUACGGUCAUUCCAUUGCCACUGGCUUUAACGAGCGCACGAGGUGUCGCUGGAACCGGUGCCGGUGGCCACAGUCCCUUGAGCAUCGUGGCCGGAGGUAUCGUGCGGACGGCGGGUACCGGAGCAAGUGGUCCCGGUGGAGUGGCCACAGCUACAACGAUCGCUUCGGUGUUGCCCAUCGCCAAAGUGACCCCGCAACAGCAAACACUGGUUACGAUGGAAUCUGCGGUGGUCACGAGUGGUACAGGAGGCGUCGCGCAGCAUUACUCGGUGGCGAACAGCGGAGGACCUUCGCUGUACAUUCAAACGCGUCCCCAGGGAUCGACCGGUCCGGUAGGAUCGGCAGUUAAAGCGGUCGGAGGUGCAACCGGUGCGACACUUAGCGUGGUCUCGUCGUCUUCCGGAUCGGGUGCGGGCAGUAGUGGUGGACCGGGUGGAACGGUCACCUCAGCCACCACCUUCCUGCCAACGUCGACGUUCUACUACGAGCGGCUAACGUCCUCCCCGGCCACAAGCGUUCCCUCCUCAACGGCCACCGUCUCCAUCACGUCGGCUGGUGUGUCGGUGUCAUCGUCCAGCCUCGUGCAAGCCGUGGCCAGCUUAUCCUCAGCAUCAUCCGCAUCCACCGUCACAACGGCAAGUGCAAUAAGCGGGCCGGUCUUCUCGAUUCCGGCUUCCUCGAGUGUGAUCAACAGCAGCAGCGGUGGAGGUACCACCGGUAACACGACAGUCGUAACGGUGGCCGCAGCAAAUAAUCCUACUCUUGCGCCGUACGGAAGUGCCGGUUCGUUCGCGAUCGUACAAGCAGCUCCCGCCGGUUCCACGGUGGGUGGCCGGACGGCUACACUGGCGACGGGUCCAAUUCACGGGAUUGUACCAGCGUCCGUUCAAACCGGCGUCGGUGGUGGCAGCACAGCGGUCACGGGCAAUAUCGUGUCAGUCUCGCAACCCCCAACUGGUGCCGGUGGAUUGACGGGAGUUUCAGCUGCUUCCGGUUCUGCCACCACGACCCAAAUCGUUCGAUUCCACCCGCAGCUGCUCGUCGACAGCAGUGGCCAACCGCAGCAGAUCAUCGUGUCGAGUGGGGCAGGCGGAGCCGCUUCCGUCGCCGGUACUACCAACAUCGUCCCGCUCAUACCGGUCGGUGCGAGCACCGGGACGACGACAGCAGUGGUCACGGCCUCGACGAAGAACCCACCACAACAAGACUCUCCUCAUCUUCCGAAGCGAAUAGAAUCGAGCAUCCUGCGCAAGCGAGCACUCAUCGAGGGCCUAACGACGACGGGUGCCUCCAUGAAGACGCCGGUCGGGAAGGAUCUCACCGCUGCAUUGAUGGCCGUGGAAAGGGAGCGAUCCGCUAGGGAGCAGCAGGAAACGCAGAUACACCUCCUCCAACAGCAGCAGCAACAGCAGCAGCACCAUCAGCUGGUGACGGAACUGGAUUUCUCUAGCGCACCCCUACUGCACGUUCACUCUCGGCCUGCUUCAACGGAUGGUUCAACAACGGUCAGUGCCACUUCGAGCCCGGGUUUAGACGAGCAAGAGGAGGAAGAACUGCGCGCACAAGCGUACGCCAAUCGGAACAGCAAUGCAAUGUCCGGUGACGGGCAUUUUAAACCCGUCCAGGAUGACCUACAGCACUACAUGCACCAGCAACAGCAACAGCAGCACCAGCAUCAGAGGGAAAUCCUUUCACUGCACUGUACGGAAAGCUUCCCCACGAACCUCGGCACCCCGAGCACAACGCUGACCGUUGUCCCGAUUGCAAACCACACGACACUGUCGUCGAUGGGCACGGUGGCCAGCACAGGAGGGACUAGUAACGGUGCAAGCGGUUACGAGCAGUCACCCCGCAAGAAAGCCCGCAAGCAGCUACUUCUGCCGAUGACCGAUGGGUUGCAUCAUCAUCCACCAUUGCUCAAAUCGAGCUCAUCCUCUUCAUCGUCGUCUUCCUCUUCGUCGGCAACUACAAACUCGUCCGCGGGAUCGACUGGUGGGCAAUCACUACACUAUCUAGGAGCCUCCGGGAUCGCCGAUGACGAGCGGAUGGAUACGAGCAGCGGAACUACAGGGCUUGUGUUGCUCGGAACCACACCCAGCGGGACACCAAUGUCGGUGGUAUCGGGAAUCAUCGGGGGGAGCGCAAACAGUGGCUCGUCUUCCUCCACGAUGGCGGGACAUCACGUUCUGGGGAGCAAGCAGCAUCACAGUGGAGGAAGCAUCGUUACGGCGGUCACAUCGACGAACAACAACAGCAGCAGCAGCAGUAGCAGUUUGCACAACAACGUCCGUAUGGAUCCACCGUCGGGAUCGGUUUCCGGUAGCGGCGGGAUGGGACUGAUCGCUCAGGUGCAGCUGCAACCGGGUGUAAGCACCAACACCGGGACAGGCGCGAAAGCGAACGUCAUUCUGCGCAAACCACGCAAUAUCAGCUUACUGCAGUCGUACAAACAAACAUGGAAAUCAGCCAACAAUCACUUCCAGCGCUACACGGACGUGAAGCAGCGCGAGGAGCGACGACCCACCGUGAUGGACAUUGCCAAUCAGUCGCACAUACUGCAGAAGGUAAACGGUUGGAAGAUAUAUCAUCUCAGCGCGCAGAUAGAGGACCUGUGCGAUCUUGAAUCUCAAGCCUAUGGAAAGUUGGGGCAAAUGUUGCGUUCAAUGGAAAGCAGUAGCAGCACCGGCAACAGCAGCAGUUGUAGCGGAAGCAGCAAUUCGGUAAAGCCCUCGACCGAAGUGGAACAAAUUAACGAACUGUUAAAGGGCAACAUGCAGCGAAGCAAAAUCAUCAUCGACGGCAUCAACGAAGCUCGUACGCAGAUAAUGAAAAUUUUCAAGCACAAACCGCACGUCUCCGACAUCAUAAUGCGAUGUGCGUCGAAAAGGAAUUUUAAAAAGCGGGAAAAAACAUAAAAUCGCGGUGAGAGAAGAGCCACGGGAAAGAAGCAGUGUGUGCUGCUGCAUAUCAGUGUUUUGUAAAACCCGUCCGGGGGCGUUGUAAGGAACCAAGUAUAGGAAGAUGCUGCACCGGGUGGUGCUAUCGAAGGAGAAUGGGUCGGCAGCGCUUUCGCGAUUAGUAUUACCCCUGCUGCGUUUACAUAAAAUGUAACAAGUGUCCACUACUGUGCAGUGCUGUUGGCAAACGAAUGCAUGGGGCGCGGAACACACGGGGCAGCAUGUAGUAGCGAGAGCUGUAGUUUUAAUUUUUAGGAGAAAAAUGGUUCCUUGAAUUCCACUGAGACUCCAACAACAAUAAGAAGAAAGUGUGUGAUUUUCUAUUUAAACAAAAACAAAUGGGCAUACAGAAUAAUCACGUGAAAGGCUUGGGCUUCUUUGAGCCCCAGUAGUGCAGUAGGCAGAGGCGUAAACAGGUGGUUCGAACGUGGCCGGACGAGUUUUCGCCGGCUAUUCGUUUUUGAUCGAAGCAAUCCGCGGAGCGCGCUGAUGAGAAAGACAAUCGUUGUAGCAGGCGCCGUCGAAGCGAGCAGUGCGAUUUCUCGACCCAACUUGUGUCAUAUGCCGCGAGGAGUAGAUCCCCCGACCGGCGGUGUAUAGUAUUUGUGGAGUUUUCGCAUCUGGAUACUUGGCGUCGCCACGGACGUGCAGCAUUCUUUUGUACAGGGCCGUUCUGCACCGGGAAAAAGGCCAACCCUAAUCGUGUACAACAUCUCGGGUGUGUAUUUGCGAAGGCGGGAGUUGUGUUUUGCUUUAGAAACGAUUUUAUUACUUUUUUAAGUAUUUUUUUAUGUUAUGAUAGCUUGUCCUUUGUCGUUCGCGAGAAGCGCCUUUAGAGGUUCGCUGGCGUACGGAAAAAUGAACAUACAAUGUGUAAAAGAUAGGUUGGGUUUUACACGGACCUGUUGUCUGUCGGUCCUAUUAGUUGGCAAUCGGCAAUUCGACGGCAAAUUCGUGAUAUUACUAAGUAUGAAAGAUUUAGUGAUGUAACAUUGAAAACUUUUACUUAUAUAGUGCAUCCGUUAGCGGGAGAUAAAUAAUACUUAGGGUAAGCCGGUAGCGCUAUUGACGGCAAUACGGAACAUGCGAAGGGGUGAUUAACGCUAAGCAGAAAACAAAAGUGCUCAUGUUUUGGGUAAGAGAACACAGGUAGGCUGAAACCGCUAGAUUUUUAAGUGCAACAUUAACCUUAAGAUGUUU